AUGAGUGGAAAUGAGGACGACUGGUUGGCGCUCAAACCCCAGGAACCUUCUCCAUCCCAGUGCUGUGGCAGCGGCUGCAAACCCUGCAUCUAUGAUGUGUACGAGAAGGAGCUUGCACAAUGGGAGAGGGCCAAAGCAAAGCAAGACAAAAGCCUCCUCAAGGAAAAGAAGCAGCAGAGCAAUAAUUCAGAACUGAAUCCAGAUACAUUUACUGCAUUCAACAUAAGCUCGGUGGAGCAGCUAACAGAGGACACCUACCAGUACAAAUUUGAAUUACCAGGAAAUAGCAGUCUGCGAUUGAGUUUAGGACAACAUAUCGUGUUAAGAGGAAUGGUGAAUGGUUUGGAGGUCCAGCGAGCCUAUACUCCGAUUAGCCCAGGGAAUGCAGAAGGUUACUUUGAAGUUUUAAUGAAAUGCUAUGAAGCUGGCCUAAUGUCACAAUACAUAAAAACGUGGAAAAAAGGAGACACGGUCUUUUGGCGUGGGCCGUUCGGAGGGUUCCCAUAUCGACCUAAUAAGCAUGGAGAACUCCUCAUGCUGGCAUCUGGUACCGGCCUCACACCAAUGCUUCCCAUCCUCCAGUCCAUAACAGAUGAUGAAGAGGAUGAAACCUUUGUAACCCUUGUUGGCUGCUUCCGUACAUUUGACAAAAUUUAUUUGAAACCUCUUCUCCGGGAUCUGGCUCGAUACUGGAACAUCAGAAUAUUUUACAUCCUAAGCCAGGAAACGUCACUGGAAAAACUUCCUUGGAGCUAUCAGGAAAACACAUACACUGGUCGUCUCAAUGAAGACUUGAUGAAGACGAUAAUAAAUUCCUGUCGAAGAAAGCCAUUUGUAUUAAUCUGUGGCUCUUCUGCAUUCAAUGAAGAUAUGAGCAGAUAUUUGAAAGCUGCAGGAAUUGAAGAAAAUUCCUGUUUUGUCUUUUAGUAGGAUAUUCUUAGGCCGAGCCUUGGAUGUCCUUGUUUCUCUGCAGACAUUGCUCAAAUUCAGUCAUCUCCAUAGACUGAGUUCCUUGUGCAUAUACUUUCAUAGGCCUUUGGAUCAAAUAUUUGUCUCCAGUAUGA